AUGUCGGCUAUCGUAGACAUCCAGUGCGUUCUCGGGGCUGACAAUAAAUAUAUGAUAAAAGAAAUGUCUGUGGUGGACACGGAAACAUGGGCGUGCCAACACUGGAUUUUCAAGAAUUCCAACUCUAAACAGGACAAUAAGAGUCGGAAAACGAACAAAUGGCUUGAACGUAAUUAUCAUCAACUAUCUCUGGAAUAUGGUGAUGUCGAGUACGAGGAGCUCGGUCGGGUAUUGAAUUCACUGAAGUUCGACUGUAUUUACGUGAAGGGUGAGCAGAAAAAACAACUUCUCAUGGAACAUAUUCCACACGUUGCACUCGUCAACAUCGAAGAUAUGGGUUGUCCUCGAUUGGAUCAAAUAUGUGGUGGUGGUGAUAUGACUCUACCCUGCUGUAUUUUUCACAUGGAGUUCAACCCCAAACAAUGUACGUUCUACAAAGUUUUCGCCAUACGUAAAUGGUUUAUAAAUAAUUCUUAA